AGAUGCAGUUUUGUCUUUGGCUGAUUUUAAACUGUUUGUGCUUUUUAACAUAUAAUAUUUAACAUCCAGUUGGGUUAUAGGAAUGGAGUAGGAAAUAACCCUUUCACUUUAAUGUGAUAAAAGAUGUAAAAGUAUGGCAUAAAAAUAUUUAUUGAAGGUUUCUACUGUUUCUGUAAACUUCCUAGAAAUUCUGUUAGAUCCUGGGUGUAGUACCCUUUGAGCCAGCUGGAAAGGUUGUAUCGCUUGUGUUGUAUAGGCUGUAUCUUAAGGACUCUGUAGGCCUCUCCCUGCUUCACCAUGUGCCCCAGGGGUUCACGAACUGACUCUGAUGGCACGUGGCAUUAAAGGUCUGAAAUGACUUUUUUGGUCCAGAAUUUUUAAUUGACUGCAGCACACCAUGAUUAAUUCCCUCAGGCAAGGAACUGAGGAAUAUUUUUUUCAUCUGUGCAGAACAGGAAACAAACAUUGGGGUGUUCUGUUGUGCCCCAAGGUUUGCACUCACUGCCCUUACUCUGCAAGCUGUCUGUCAAUUCCUUGAUGUUUCCAGGGUAAUGCUUGCUCUUGGUGCUCAUGUUUCCUUUAUUAUUCUGCUGAUACUAACAUUUUGAGAAAGCAUAUAAGCAGUUAAAAAUAUAAUGGUUUGGCUAAAGCUGAACAGAGUUUUUGCUCUGUGAAAAUUAUUAAGAAAGAGAUGACAAAAACCUGUAAAACGUAUGGCAAAGAUGCCUAGGGAAUGCCUGCCCUCUGCUGUUCCAGCAGUGCAGGGAAAUGGCAUCAAAUAAAACUCAUGCAUGGCAGGUUCCAAAUGAACUAAAGGAAGUUCUUCCUCCCACAUUGCCUGGUGAGGUUCUGGAACGCUCUGCCUUGAGCUAUUUGGGGUACUAAAAGGCAGCAACUUUGAAACCUUGAAACCUGAGAUGCAAUACUAGGAGAGCCAGCUGCUGGCAUGACCUCAUACAAAAGUUCUCAUGUCCUUGCAGGACAUGGGGAACAGGUGCAUGCCUGGUGUCUCUCACAUAGGUGUUUGUGUCUUACACCAGAUGUAAACUAUAAUUUUAACUGUAACUAAUCCUGAUUCUAAAGCAAAGCACGAAUACCAACUCCCUUUUAAUUCCUAUGGAAAUGUUAUAACAAUUAAAUAUUUUUGUUAAAUAAGUGAAAGCUAGAGUGAACACUGUAGAAAUAGAAUGUCUAAUAGAUCUAUUUUAAUUAGUACCUUAUAGUACCUUUUUUUAAUGGUUUUUCUGCAUGAGUUAUUCCAAAUUAAGCAUCAACAUUUUAAUUUGAGAGUAUACUUAACUAUUUCUAAGCUCAGUUCAUUAGGUCUUCCUUCCCACCUACUUCAUAGCUGAUCCUCUGCUAACUUCCUUGUAAAAGAGAAAAUAAAAAGGAGGGAUUGUCAAUAGAACUAAUAUAGUUAACUAAUGUAUUAAAAUACCAAUGAAAGUUGGCAGGACCAUAAGUUGACACCUGAUAGCUGGUGAUGUUGAAACUUUGAUGUGACGGUCACUUCCACCUCAGCCAGAAAGACGUGCUGACAAAGGCAGGCAUGCUACAUGGCAGUUUUUACUUACAGUGGUUAACACUUGUUUUGGAAACAUCAACAUGAACAGCCCCCCUCUUUUCAUCUAGGGGUGUUCUAAGACUAAAAUCUGUCUUUUGGUCUAGAUAUAUGCAGCACUCUUAGUUUCGAACUGGACAAAUUCACUGUAGUUUGGAUUGCCAAGAGUAGUGGCUCCCUGGCUUCUGCUAGCUAAGCCUCACUUGAAAAAAACAGCUAUAAUUCAGGCCUUGUGGAUUCAGGUGAGCUCUUCCAGAAUGCAUUGGCCUCAGUUCUGUGCUCCCACUUUUGAGUCUGUGCUUUUGUCCCAUGCCACUGAGACUUGCUCUGCUCUCUGGGAGCUGCUGUCGGAGGGAGGGCUCCUCUGGGCACCUCUGUCCAAGGGCUGGGAAUGUGUCAGUAUUGCUGUUCUGGAACAUGGCAGAUGUGUGCUUCCAGUGCUUGGAUAUUCCUUGCUUCCUUCUCAGAUCCGGGAGCUGGUUCCUGAGUCCCAGGCCUACAUGGAUCUCUUGGCCUUUGAGCGCAAACUAGACCAGACCAUUAUGCGGAAGCGCGUGGAUAUUCAGGAGGCACUGAAGAGGCCAAUGAAGCAAAAGCGGAAACUGAGGCUUUACAUCUCCAACACGUUUAAUCCUGCAAAAUCAGAUGCUGAUGACUCCGAUGGCAGCAUUGCUUCGUGGGAGCUGCGCGUGGAGGGGAAGCUCCUGGAUGAUCUCAGCAAACAGAAACGGAAGUUUUCAUCUUUUUUUAAGAGUUUGGUUAUUGAACUGGACAAAGAUCUUUAUGGACCUGACAAUCAUCUUGUGGAGUGGCACAGAACUCCUACGACCCAGGAAACAGAUGGCUUCCAGGUGAAGAGACCUGGGGAUGUCAGCGUGCGAUGCACAUUACUCCUCAUGUUGGACUACCAGCCUCCCCAGUUUAAGCUGGACCCGCGGCUGGCCCGUCUGCUGGGGAUCCACACGCAGACGCGCUCGGCCAUCAUCCAGGCACUCUGGCAGUACAUCAAAACAAACAAGCUGCAAGACUCCCACGAUAAGGAAUACAUUAACUGUGACAAGUACUUCCAGCAGAUCUUUGACUGUCCACGGCUAAAGUUUUCUGAAAUUCCUCAGAGACUCACUAACCUACUGCUGCCACCAGACCCGAUAGUGAUAAACCACAUCAUCAGUGUUGACCCCAACGAUCAGAAGAAGACCGCCUGUUAUGACAUAGAUGUAGAAGUUGAAGACCCAUUAAAGGGCCAGAUGAGUAGUUUUCUUCUCUCAACAGCUAACCAACAGGAGAUAACAGCAUUGGAUAACAAGAUUCAUGAGACAAUUGAGUCCAUAAAUCAGCUAAAAAUACAACGUGAUUUUAUGCUGAGUUUCUCCAAGGAUCCCAAAGGAUACAUCCAAGACCUUCUCCGGUCCCAAAGUAGGGAUCUUAAGGUGAUGACUGAUGUGGUUGGAAACCCAGAGGAAGAACGCAGAGCUGAAUUUUAUCACGAGCCGUGGUCUCAAGAAGCUGUGAGCAGAUAUUUCUACUGCAAGAUCCAGCAGCGCCGACAGGAAUUGGAACAAUCUUUGGGAGUGCGUAACACAUAAGUACUGCUCACAAGAUUCCAUUGGCAUCACGACCACCAAACCAGUGGACUUCUCAGUGUUACUUAGCUCACUGUUACACAUGGACCUGCUUCCUGACCGGAUGAGAACAUGCCGUCAACACACCAGUCAGAACACCAGCUUUAGAGUGACCUUUGAAAAUCUUGCCCAGGACGGAUGUCUCAAACCAUUCCAUGCCAGAGACAGCACCAUACAAGUGUCAGUGUGAAAGAAGACUAAAGGUUCACUCAUCAACACACAUUGUUACGUUCUAGUGGGAAGUUAGACACUACACGGCAAAUCCUAACGGGCUGUGCUUAGAGUCGUGGGUGGCACCAAGGGGGAGGUUGAGAUAGGUGUUCUGGGAGACUACAGAUGUAGAGAAAUAAAUGCAGCUCUUACCCUAUGGUACCCAAGAGUCUCAAAGAGUAGCUUAUCUGGAAUUAGACAAGAUAGUCUUUCUUAGAGCUGUGGAAUGCUUCUUAUUCCUGAAUGGAGUUUUUAUUUCAGCCAGACCAAUGCAAGAAGCUAUCUCACCAUCUGAAAGAGCAAACUAGGAGCAUUCGCAUCCUGGAAUGCAGAGCCCGUCUGAAAGAAAGACAUAUAGUCAGGCCAUCUCUUCUGCAGAUGCAAAUAACUUCUCUUGCCCUUGUCCCAGCAGUGAAAGGUAGAUUGAAUCACAUAUCACUAGAUGGAUAUGAUCUGUUCUGAAAGAGAACAAUCCCUGGGAUCAGAGCUUCUUAUGCAUCCUUAAUAUCCAUGGUAUUAGCAACAAAUGAGGCAUUCUGAGAAAAUUAAAAUAAUGUAAUGGUGCUUUGCUGAUGCCUGCCUUUAACACAGCAGAUAUUAACAGUAAGUAUAUAUGUAAAAUACCAGAUUAUUUAAAUGUUUCUCUGUGUGCCUGUAGGGUUCAUCACUGAAAAGAACUUCCUAAUUCUUGGUGUAGAAGCUUAACUUCAUGUCACAUGGUAGUUUUUUCUUUAGUUCAGGAUGUUAUCGGAGUCCCUGGAUUGGUCCCACAUUUUGAUCAUAGGUGAACUGCCUCUUACUAUGAAUUAUUUAGCUCUCCCAUACGUGAUACAUGCUGGUUAUUUUGGAUGCUGUUGAGUUAAAAAGCACUAUCAACCUUAAAUAGCACAGAGAACAUAUCCCUUGUAAAUCGUCUUCUUUGUAAAUGUACGACAAAUUCAGACAAUGGGAAUUUAUAGAACAAUUACAUGGAAGCAGGGACAUCUUCCUUAAAUCCUUCCCCUCCUUAUUUUUUGUAGUGCACAGAUGAGUUGUAAUUAAAGGCCCAACAUGAUUUCUAGUCCAAAAAGCAGCUGCCAAAGUAUAACUCUGUCUGUUUGAUGUGGCACUCAAAAUCCUCUUCUAGGUUACUCCUUUUCACCUCCUUUCUUUCACUUCCGUGGAAAGAGAAUCAAAUUCACAUGUGGUAUGGAAGGAAGGCAGCUCUUCUGAAUAAAUGCAUUUUUUCUCUAGUA